GGUAUAUCGAUUAUGUUUCAAUUACAAUUUAAAUGCAGGUAGGUGAAUAUAAAACUCCGCCUGUAGCUCUUCUAGCGCUACUGCCGGUCUCAAGCACGGCUAAAUAGGAGGUCCGCGUGUGGGGUCGGCAACCUCAAGCGAUUUGCAAGUCUGAUACGACUGAUGAUUGGUGGUUUAGGAGUAGGUUAGAAGAAAACCAAGGUGGCCAAACUAAAACACGUAACCAGUGCAUGCAGUGACUGAUCAUUGAACUGAUCCAUGUUAACAAGUGUAGAUUACCUAGUUGAAGUCCGGACAAUCAAUUAUCUAUAUUAAGGGUUAAAGACUUUAGAUGACAUGGAUCAAAAUCCUUUGCUAUGGCGCAUGUGUAUUCACCUUUUUCUCCUAAAAGGUCCUAACUGUCUGAAUUCCUCCAAAAAAUGUGUUUCACUAGUUUGUAUUUUUCCAAUCAUAUUUUUGAUGCCUAGUCUUUUCUAUUACCACGAGUACUGUUACUGCCUCUAUUAUUCUGGGAUUUGCUCUGACGAUUUUAUCUUUCUGUUUUAAUGGAGAAUGGGAACUUAAACCAAUGUACUACGUCCUACGCUAUGUAUCUGCAACUGGCUGAUACUGAAAACGUUAUGAGUUGUUGUGCGUUGAAAAAGUGUUGAAAUACAAGCACUUCUAUCUACAAUGCCACUAUUUUGACUGCGAAUGACUCAUUUAACUACUUCUCUGAAGAGUAAAUCUUAACGAAAAAAUACAAGUUAUGAGUCUAUAGCAUAGUUUUCUCUUCUUGUUUACUUAUUUCAGGUUGAGUUUCAAUUUCCUCUUUGACUAUUAAAGAAGAAAAGCACAGGACUUUGUGAAGGCCAAAAUACAAGAUCAUGAGAUUUUCGAGAUAUGAAUUCAAAUUCCUCGUUGUUGUAUGGUUAUCUCUAUUGCCAGUUUUGAUGUUUUGUAUAACAGUUUACUUCAGAAAGAAGACAUUCUCGAAAACGGAAUUAUGCCGUGAAGGUCUGGUCGAUAACGUAUCAGUUACAAGUGAAGGAGUGGAUUGGAUCACAGAUGAGAUUUCUCAUUCUAGAUUAUUUGACCUCAGAAUUCCAAGUGAAGGCUUGCCUCGUGAUGCAGUUUGAAGAUUUGCCUAGUGUGUUUUCUUUUCAUUGGUACUGAAAACGUAUUCAUGAUGGAUGAAAGUGUCUUAAUCAAGGAGGAUCAAAUAAAAAAUGUAGAUCGGAUCGGUAUUUCUCAUGAGACACUUAGACGUCGUGCUUUGAAUUACGUUCAUGAAGCACGAUACACUUUGAACAAUUUACGCAACAUUUUUAACCAAUUAAAAAAAGUUAAUCAAAAGGAAUUGGACACUGAAACAGUUUCAUCAAUACAAGCAUCGUUAGUUCGUUAUCGACAGAAUAUGGAGGAAACUAUUACACACUUUCAAAUUAUACUUAACAAACUAGGUGAAUUAGAUGAAUUUUCACAAAUCAGAAAGAAUGGCUUAAAUAAGCUUUCACAGCGAUUACAGGAGAAGAUUCAAAAACAACAGAAUCCGUCAGAUUGUAAAAAGGCCAAAUAUGUAACAUUAGACUUCACUAAUUUGUGUGGAUUGGGUUGUCGCAUUCAUCAACUCAUGUACUGCUUACAAUUGGCUCUUGAAAAUGAGCGUGUUUUUGUAUUAAAGAAACAUCAUUCUGGAGACCCAUUUCGAGAAUGGCUUCAUCAGAGCAUGUUACCACUUUCUGACAAAUGCAGUUAUUUGGACUCAGAUAAUAGAUCAGAUAACAUCGAAUGUCCUCUGGUUCGAAAGGCUUUCACCGAUCCUAAAUGGUUGCCACAUGCUCUCCCGAUAGAUAUGAAUGAAGAAUUAUUGCGUUUACAUGAGGCACCCUUUGUUUGGUUUGCUGGUCAACUAGCAGCCUACAUUUUGCGUCCAAAGCCACAACUUGCACAAUUGAUCAAUGUAACUUUGAAGAGCUUUAAAACGAGUGGUAAUCCUGUUGUUGGCGUGCAUAUCAGGCGUACCGAUAAGGUUGACGUUUGUUCAUAUACGUUGUCAGAAUAUAGUAUGAUGCACUUAGUUGUUCAGAAUCUAAACAGUGAAUGUUGAGAAUGAAAGACACGUUUCCAGUUUUGUCUUUGGAUUAAACUACUUUUGAAAACUGGGAUGGUCAUUCAGAAAUCAUUAUCAUCCUGCUCAACAGAAUACUGGUUGGUAGAUUUGGUUGACUUCGAUAUACCUGCUGAUUGAACAAAGUUUCAGGCUUUUUAAAUUUCCCUGAGAUUUUUGUGCUUCUUCUGUCGAAGUUCGGACAUUUCCCCAAUUUGAUUUACGCUAAAAAUUAUCCACAAGCAUUUAUAUAAGCACAUCUACGUCAAGGCGAAUAACGGUUAACCAACGCCCAUACAGGAAUGGACUGAAAGUGUGACCGCUUUCCACGGUGUCGUAUUUGUCACAGUUUCUCUUGUAUUUUAUGUUUCCCUUUCUUUUAUUUGUCAUUAUACCUGUGGGUUUUUAUAAUAAAUAUUGUACCGGCUUAUAGGCUGUACUUACUUAUAGUCGUACAAACCUGUUCGUGAUCUUGCUGAUGUUCUUCGGAUAGAGUAGAAUUCCCCCCUUUGCUGAUGUUUAGUACUGAUUUUGUAUUUGACGUUAUUAAAAUAACCCAUAACUAUAUAUACGAAUGUACAGCUCAAGUAAAUGAUUUCGUCGAAAAGAAAAUUUUCUUCGCUGAAUUCUCUUUUUUUUUAUUUGACGUAACCUUUAACAGACAUACCUUGUUGAUAUUUUGUAUCAAACCAUUUUUCCGAAAUGCAUCCAGUUUCUUUUCCCUGUGAUGCUUUAAAAUCUUUACCGUUUUGAGUAGUUUUUGUAAAUAUCAUAUUUUUGCGUCAAUACGUUGUCGCUGCUAUAAGUGAGUAUUCGACUAGUGUGGUUUGUUUUUCUGCAUACUCAGUUUGAAGUUUCUGGUGUUGGUUGAAUCUCCAACGUUUUCAAUGAUCUUUGUCAAAUAGAUUUGAAGUUCAUAUGAGAGAAUAGUUAUCAAGAGUCAGUUUGCCAGCUGACUUUACUAUAGAAAUUGAGUAGGAAUAUCAAGUUUAAAGGUUUUGGUGUAAAUACUUCAUGAAGAAUAAAGUUUAUGAAAAUAUAAAGGGGAUUGAGUUUGGAGCAUCUUGUCAUUGACAACUAUAGUUUAAUAUUUUCGAAAUUGAAUGUUCUAAUGAUCACAUCUUGCACUUGUACUCUUUUUUAUAGUUAAUUUUGGAGGCUCAGUUUCAUAACUUAUCCGAGUACAUGGAACACGUGAAUAAUUUCUUUGAUUUACAAAGUGUUCAUCUCUUGACAAUGUCAAAGAGACAUGACAUGAAUGAAGAGAGAUUUGGAUCAGUUUCUGAAAGAAUCAUUAGAAGAAAUAACUCUGUUCAGGCUAAGCGAAGUGUUUACUUGUCGACAGAUGAUCCGAAUAUUUUUACUCAACUACCCUACAGUUAUCCAAACUACACCGUCUAUGGUAGUCGAGGUAGAUCGCAUUCAGCUAAUUUGAAUAUGCGGAUGUCAGUUAAUUCAAUGAAUAAUGCAAUCAUUGACAUCAUUGCACUUUCAAUGACGGAUUUCCUUGUGUGUACAUUUUCAUCGAAUGUCUGUCGUUUAGCCUAUGAGUUAAUGCAAACACGUCAUAUGGAUUUGGGUGAUGCAACACAAUUAUUUCAUUCAAUCGAUAAGUCAUACCAUGAAGAAGAUUACGGCAGACUGAAAUUCAAUGUGAUCAUUCCAGAUAUGAAGGUAAAUUUGAAGUAUGGUGAUGUAGUGGAAAUUGUCAAAACUUACUGGAAUGGUUCAUUGUUAGUAAAACUAGUGCAAUCAAGUGAAGAUAUACAUAAUAAAAACCAAAAGGGUAUGAAAAACGACUUAUUCAUUGCACCUGCUUACAAGUUGAGACCAAUAAUAAACAUGACUGGAUUCAACUGACGAAGUGAGAUUGUUUCACUGUAGAUUCAGUUUUAAACCGCCAUCUUUUUUUUCCAACUUAGGUUUUGAUAACUAACAUUAUCCUGCUCAAUAUUUUAUACACAGCUAAUAACUUAUAUUCACAUUCUUAUAAAUCUGUUGACUUUCACUAAUGUAUGUUUUAGUUAAUUCUUUACUGAAAUUGUACGGUACUACCGAAUAGACGUGACUCAUGAAACAACACUGACAAAUUAAAGUCGGUUAUUGACAAGA